AUGCUAGAUUCAUCCAAUGAAUCCAGUGAAAACGAAAAGGAAAGUGAUGAUGUUGAAGAACCAACGGCUGCUGGGGAAGUUGGUAAACCCCAGCAUGCCGCACUUCUCGUACCGGACACUGCAGAUUACGAUGAUGACGUCAUCAUGAAAAAAGAUCAACCGUCGGCUCACCUUCAAAUAUUUGUUUCCCUCAUGAUUCGACGUGGUGUGCACCGACGUGGCAACAAACAAGGAGAUGGAAAGAAAAAAUGGAGAAAUCGUCCACCUGAAGAGAAAAGUCGAAAGGAUAAGAGAAGUUACUCAUCAUUUGUUUUCCAGAGCUCCAUGUUUCUCUGGCCACCACGUCCUCCACCAAACUAG